AUGGCCUCUACAAAAUCAGUCGGCUGGAGAGCAGCAAUAGUCUGUUUCUUCAUAGCGCUUGCCAAUGCCGUACCUUCGGUCAACGUCGAGCUUCGAACACACUUCGGCGCACCACCUUAUCUUGUAGAGCUACUGUAAGUCUAGCCUCCUUCUUACUGGCACGACUCUCAACAGACUCUCACAAACUCCAGAGAAACAGCGGCCGAAGAAAAUGCGACCUCGUACUUCCCCCUCCUCGAUCGAAUCGCGGGCGGGUACUUCGAUUCCCUCAAAACCGAUGAAGAGCUGUACAAGAAGUUUCGAACACUGUUACAAGAGGAGGAACACCUAGGGAAAGAGGAACUCUCGUCAUUCGAUUAUGCUCUGGCGUUACACUCUGCGGCACCGCGGAUCGAGGCGCAUUACCAAUACUACAACACCACGAUCGUACAUUCGAUAGCGGAGAGUGAAAGAGUCGGAUGCGAAAGCUGGGUGUAUGUCCCGUUCAGCGGUCAGAGAUACUGCUCUGCCGAGUUGGACGAGGCGAGCGCGAAGCCUAUGGGCAAGGCAGGAGAGGAUCUCCAUCAAUUGCCCUUUGACCGAGUGCUGGGAAACAAGCUGAGCGAUCGACCAGCCGUGCUGUACGCGGACAUCCUGUCAGAAUCGUUCCGGAAAUUUCACAACACAUUGAGCAAGACGGCGAAAGAUGGCAAGACGUCGUAUCGAGUGCGGUACAAGCCCACGCCUGGUCAGGAGAGCAGACCGCUUACCGUCAGUGGAUAUGGCGUUGAAUUGGCUCUCAAGCGGACGGAUUACAUUGUCAUUGACGACCGCCAAGCUGAAGAAGAGAAGAAAGACGAAUCCGUAAAGACAGGGGAGGCAACACUGAGCGAAGAGGAAUUGUCUGAUUUGCGGCCACUUCAACAGUCUGAGCUUCGAGGGCUGGGCAUGAAGGCCGCGAGCUUCGUCAUGGGAAGCGCGAAUCCGUUUGACACUCUUCUCCGCCUUUCACAAGACUUUCCGAAGCAUUCGAGCGCGAUCGCGGCGACCAAUGUCUCGGAAGAGUUCAAGGCCGAGCAUGUCGCCAACCGAGAUGUCCUGCUCCCACCUGGUCUCAAUGUCCUAUGGAUCAACGGCGUUCAGAUUAUGGGCAGAGACAUCGACGCAUAUGCUCUACUGGAGCAUCUGAGGCAUGAGCGAAAGAUGAUCAACGGCGUUCGGGGAAUUGGCCUCAGUGGACCUGAAGCGAUUGACUUGCUUUCCCACGAAGCCAUUACUGCUUCUCAGGUGGAGCAGGAGGUUCAGCGAUACGACUGGCGUGAUGAGCACGAGGGCGGUAACGUGAUUAUCUGGAUGAAUGACAUUGAGAAGGACAAGCGCUAUGCAGAAUGGCCCUCAUCUCCGCAGGCCUUGCUCCAACGUGUCUUCCCUGGACAGCUUCCACCCGUGCGGAAAGAUAUCCACAACUUGGUGGUCCCAGUAGAUUUUGCGGACUAUACCGACGCGGUACUUGUCUCAGAGAGUUUGCGAGGAUUCAUCCAGCGUAAAAUCCCAAUCAGGUUUGGUCUGGUUCCUCAGAUCAACUCACAAGCCAGCGCUGAGCAAGCAAAGGUAGUAUACUACCUUAUUGACCGAUAUGGUUUGGCGGCGGCAUUGGAUUAUCUCGAGAAAUCCGUUGAGUCCGCGGGUAGGAAACACGGGGCGGUCAACCAGAAGAUAUUCGAAUCGACAAUUGAGGAACGGGAAGUGCGGCCGAACAAAGUCGCACUCCCACUCAAGGACGUGCUCGGCGAUGAGACCAUCAAUAGUCGGUACAAAGGCGCACAGGCGUAUAUCGCUCGACUUGGCAGCUCUGACGCUGUACCACCAGUCUUGGUGAACGGUGUGCCUGUUGUACGAUCAGAGGAAUGGCUACAGCUCAUGAGCCAGCGCGUUGGUAUGGACUUGCGCAUGGUGCAGCAUGCCGUCUUCGAGGGCACAUUGGGCGAAGACGACUACCUACCGAACGUCUUUCUCGAAAAGGCCAGCUUGAGACGCAACCCGGACGUGAUACCGGAGGAUGACAAGGACGUUCGACACCUCAACCUCGGCGAGGUUCCGGUAUUUGCAGACCUCCCCAGCUCGCCCGCUAACAAGGACACCAUUGAGCGGGAACUAGUGCACCUCACGGUCGUUGCGGACAUGGAUUCAGAGGAGGGCUUCGAACAGCUGAUGGAGGCCUUACUGUUCCAGAGGGAACACGAUAACACUGAAGUUGCAUUCCUGCAUGUUCCCAGAGGUGACACUGUCAAGACCAGACUGGCGUCGGACUACGACAAGAGCACUGGAAAAGACUUCCUCAAAGAUCUGCUGGAGCAAUACGACAGGUUGCUUGCUGAAGAGGGCUCCGAAAAUGCGCCAGACUACACACUACGACACAAGGUUUACGGAAAGCUGUACUCAGCGGCUUCGAUGGAGAGUACGCCCGAGAUCGACGAGCAAGUGCGCAGUGUCUGGGCUCCUUUCGGGAACAUUGUCUCCGCAAUUGGCAUGACUCCUGGCAAGAAGGCGCUUGUGAUGAAUGGCAGAGUCGCUGGACCCAUGAAUGACACUGUUGGGCUGGAAGUCUCAGAUCUCGAAACCUUGCUCAGCUAUGAACGGAAGAAGCGUCUGUUGCCUGCCGCUUUGGCCAUCGAGGCUCACGGGCUCUCAGACAAGGCUUCGACGCCGUUAUCCUUUGCCAGGAUGUCGAACCUGAUCGCGCUUUCUAUGGUAUCUGAUGUACCCGAGGGUAUCUUCGAGGCCGCGCCUACUGUGCGAACUGACAUCUUCAAGAAGUGGAAUGCCAGCCAGACUGCCAUCCACGUUGGCGACCCUGAGACUGCAACAAUUCAAAUCUUUGCCUCGAUUGAUCCGGCUUCGGAACUUGCCCAGAAGUGGACUGCUAUCAUCAAGGUCUUGUCUGAGCUCGAUGGCGUGUAUACACGACUGUUCUUGAACCCGAAAGAAAGACUGGAAGAGAUUCCAAUCAAACGCUUCUACAGACAAGUACUGGGCUCCAAGCCCGCUUUCGAGAGCGACGGGUCUUUGAGCGGCAUUGGGGCCCACUUUGGUGGUCUGCCGGCGGAAGCAUUGCUCAACAUGGGCAUGGAGGUCCCGCCUUCAUGGCUGGUGGCGCCGAAGGACACAGUGCAUGAUCUCGACAACAUCAAGCUGAGUGCAGUCAAGAGUGACACGAACAUCGAAGCAGUGUAUGAGCUGAAGCACAUUCUCAUCGAGGGACACUCUCGAGACGUUAGCACGGGACCUCCUCCACGGGGUGUUCAGCUCGUACUCGGAACUGAACUGGAUCCUCAUUUUUCCGAUACGAUCAUCAUGGCAAAUCUCGGUUACUUCCAGUUCAAGGCGAAUCCGGGGUUGUACAACCUGGCUCUGCAGAAGGGGCGAAGCGAAGAGAUCUUCAACAUUGACAGUGCUGGCACCUUGGGCUACGCUGCUCAGGCUGGCGACAGCACGACCGAGAUUGCACUGAUGAGCUUCAGGGGUUCGACGUUGUAUCCUCGUCUCUCUCGCAAGCCAGGUAUGGAGGAGGAAGAUGUGCUCGAGCCAUCCAAAUCUGCUCUAGAAUCUCUUGCCGAAGGCGCUGGUAACCUCCUGGAUCAGGUGGGACUGAAGUCUUCACAAGCCAGCAAAUACCUCUCAAAGGCGGCCAAGCUUGGCUCGGGCCUCAUGCCUGGCACUGGCAAGACUGCAAACUCCGCAGGCGGCCACGCUGACAUCAACAUCUUCUCGGUCGCGUCUGGGCACUUGUACGAGCGAAUGCUGAACAUCAUGAUGGUGUCGGUGAUGAAGCACACCAAUCACAGUGUCAAGUUCUGGUUCAUUGAACAGUUCUUGUCGCCCUCGUUCAAGGACUUUCUGCCCAUCAUGGCGGCGGAGUAUGGGUUCAAGUACGAGAUGGUGACAUACAAGUGGCCGCACUGGCUGCGUGGACAGAAGGAGAAGCAGCGUGAGAUAUGGGGAUACAAGAUCCUCUUCUUGGACGUACUGUUCCCGCUGGACCUGGACAAGGUCAUCUUCGUGGAUGCGGACCAGAUUGUGCGGACGGAUAUGUACGAUCUGGUGCAGCACGACCUCGAGGGCGCUCCGUACGGCUUCACACCCAUGUGCGAUUCGCGCACGGAGAUGGAAGGCUUCCGGUUCUGGAAGCAGGGGUACUGGAAGAACUUCUUGAAGGGUCUGCCAUAUCACAUCUCGGCGCUGUACGUCGUGGAUCUGAAACGUUUCCGACAAAUGGCAGCAGGAGACCGGCUCCGGCAGAACUACCAUCAACUCUCGGCGGACCCGAAUAGUCUGAGUAACUUGGACCAGGAUCUGCCCAAUCACAUGCAGAGCUUGCUACCCAUCCACAGCCUCCCGCAGGAGUGGCUCUGGUGCGAGACGUGGUGUUCGGAUGAGAGCUUGAAGGAUGCCAAGACGAUUGAUCUGUGCAACAACCCGCAGACGAAGGAGCCGAAGCUGGAUCGGGCGAGAAGACAGGUGCCCGAGUGGACGGAGUAUGACGACGAAAUCGCGAUUGUGGCCAAGCGCUACAAAGAACAGCAGGGUAGAGGGGCGGCAGCGGGAUCGAAGGCCGAGGAGAGGGCAUCCAGCGGCAUGGCGGAUGUGCAUAGCGGCGGGAAUGAAGAGAGCAUCCAGGAGAGAUUACAGAGGGAGGAUGCCGAGCGGGAACGGAAGAAGCAGGAGAAGAAGCAUGAACGCGUCCGGGAUGAGCUGUAG